AUAGUACCCAUCCGAAAUGCAAAAAAUACAACUUAGGAUUGAAAUAGCACAGAAGCAGAAGGAACUGUACCUUGAGCGGCAGCAUCUGCUUUUCUCCCAACGCGACCGACGCGAAUAAGGCCACACACUACGCAAUGCAGACGGUUCAAAGGCGUUGGGUAGAUAGCGACGGGCAGGUGCACGGGAAGCAACCGACUGUCGGAGACGCUGCGCCGAACUUCUUCGCCGCGCAACCUCCACAACCACCCUCCUACAAUCGCCGACCGUUCCAACAGCUUCUGCCAGACGAGUCGCCCAUCGCCGGCCUCGGCGUCAUCAAUGUUUCUCAGACCCCGAGCGAUAGCGAGCUGAACCUUUCAGUCUCCUUCGCCGCACCCGCUUCCGCCACCCGAGAUUAUCGCUAUGGCGGUGCGGUUCCCGCUGGUCCUGUUUCGCACGACCGAAACGUCAAUGCAAACCCUGCAGCGGACGACGACGACGAGGACGUUAGCUUCAUCUCCUCGAUGUGUGGAGGCGACGGCGGCGUGAAGCACGUCGUGAGCGGUACAACGGCAGGGACCGCGGCCGGGUUUUGUUUAAACCAAAAUCCUGGCGAGCGACCAGGUGAGGAGAGACUGAGCGUCAGCGCUAAAAAGUGCUUCAGCCGACAGAAUCAUGAUGCAAAACAUCAUCCGGAGAUCACGCCCUUCCAACAGACGCGCCGCACCGGGAACACGUCCGAUCAAGUCCGCUUUGCGAGCUCCAACUGGGCAGAGGAUUCGGAGCUGCUCAUUCCCUUGGAGAACGAGACAUUCAUGGUUGUGGACGACGCUAAUGCGAGCCAGAUUUCCUACCAGUACAACAUGCAUGAUGAAAAGGAAAACUACAUCCAGAGCCCGCGGUCAAACCGGAACAUGGAAAGCGUUUUGGUUCAUUCCAGCUUGUUUGAGCCUUCGGAAAUCCUUGAUCAAAGCGAUCUGCGGGUCCGCACCGGGGAUGAUCUUCGGGGUUGUUCUUCGAGCUGCAGGAAGCAGCAAAAUAAAAUGCAGGAGAAAUUCUUCGACAGCGAAAUGGAAAUGCAAGAAAAUUGCGACGACGUGCGAUUCUCGGUUCCUCCUGCAAGCAGCACUAUGAACCCGGAAGAUCAAUAUCGUCGUGCCACUUUUACCACUGUCGCUAGUACGAGCCGUCAGAUGUCACGCACUUCCUCCGCGGUGUCGCAAGCGGAGCAGGCACGCUUUGCAAUGUUCCAGGAACAUCAGGAUGUUGAGGUUGACCACAGUGUACUGCAGCAGCAGGAACAAUCGUCCAUUAUCUCGCCCAUGUCCGUCGUGAAGAAAAGCCGUGCGGCGCGCCCGCAAGGAACGCCCCGCAGAGUCGGUGCAGGAGCAGGGCGUAGUGUAGUUGGGGACGACCCGAUCAAACAGCAAAGUCAAACACCACGAUUUCGAGUUCCUGAAAAAAUUGAUCUUCACUUGAACGAGUCCCACCUUGUGCAGAUGGAGGUAUCUCAGUGCAGCAUAUCCCCGAUGUCCAUUGCCAACGGAGGGAACAAGCGCAAGGAACAGCCAGACACGUCGCCACCCUCCGUCGGGAAUUGUGUUGCAGUUAAGAACAGGCCGCCGCGACUGGAACUAGGUGGAGCCUCCGAGCAGCUGCAGCAGCGCAUUGCUCCUCAGCAACAGACGGGAGGGGUGCCGGAAGUUUUCGGCGUGCCCUCCUUGGAUCGAACGGGUCCAGUUCCAAGUUUCGCGGUCGUCGGUCACGUUGUAGCACACCAGACGAAUCGAAGAUCGACCAUUCACAGUGGUGUCGGCAUCCAUGAUAGAAGCGAACGUCUGGGAAGUAGAGGAAGAGUACCACUGCAAGUAGAACAGCAAGUUCAAUCGAACCCGUUCACUCAGAGGCCGCCGUCGGGAUCACCGUUGAACGCGCUCAGCCGUAGCAAAAGCAGCAUUUUCCAACCGCCUCCCAGUUGUACUAACAGGAGUGGCGUUCUUUUGGAGCACGGAAUGACUCGAAACAGUUCUCAGUCCCAGCUCUCUGCCGGCAUAAAAACCGCUGCGGAUAAUUCUUGCCUCCGGGGCUGCGGCCCGAACUGGAGUGCAGGCAGCGUACCAGAGUCCGCAUUGUCCAGAGGCGUUUCAGUUGGGCUGGAGCGUCGGCGUUCGAGUUCGCAGCAACGGCGCUCUAAUCCGUACGCUCCUCCUAGUAGGGGUGCUUCGCCAGCAGGAGCGGUAUCCGUAGUUGACCGUAGGGGCUCGGGGAUCGGCGCAGUGCCGAGGCCGCCGACGGCACAGCCGUGUCCUCAGACCCGGAGGGUGUCGGAUUUCAAUCAAGAUCGACGAAGCCCUGCAUCUUCACCAAACGCAAACAAGGACCCACAUCAAGGUGGAGCACGACAGCAAGACUUUGGAAAUCGACAGCGCUUGUCGUUGCCCUCGGGUCCAUCUCCAUCCAGUUCUCGGACAACUCCAGGUCCAGUUUCUUCGGGAAGAACGGGUGCACAAGUUGUACCAAAAGCAAAACCGCCGUCGGCGGGCCCCGCAUCUGCAAAGCGGGCGUCGCUCAGCGGCAAGAAAAAGCCUAAUCCGUUCCUGGCUGGACCAACCAGGCCGAGUUACAGCCAAGGAGACGCUGAGCAGCUGCAAAAAAAUUCUUCGACCGCACACCUCGCGCCUGCGCAACCGUCGUCCGCGAUCCCAACGCCCUUGUUCAUCACUGCUGCUUCUGCGGCAGCUCCUCCUCCUGUCCAGAGCGCUGCGACAAUUCAAAGGCCCCAUGUCCCCAUGUUCACACGCCAGGCACCCACUCGACAGGCGGUAAAAGAAAUGUUCAAUCAGGCUGGUGGCGUUAGUUACAGUGCGAGCAGCACGGAGGAUCAGCCGAGCAGCAGUUCCAAAAACAAGGCCACUAAAGAUACUAAACAGCCAGCGACCAUCAUCUCGCCGCCGCUGCACCUUACAGAUCAGCGAGUGGACCUGGAUGGCGACUCCAGCCUGCUGAAUCUCUCCAUGGCUAGCAGUGUUUUCCAUCCGCGAAAGUGGCGCAACCGGAACUAGAUCAGAGAACAAAAACCAAAACGAGCCGUAAAAGUUGAAGUUGCAGCAAUUGAAAAACUGACUCGAGAGACUGUGUCAGCCGAGUCUUCAUUUUCCAGGGUCUUGCCACAGAUUCGUUACUUCGGCUCUAAGUACUUUCCUGCUUCAGUGUUUAUGCUGUUGGUUUUUGCCUCACCAGGUCAAUUAAGUAUUUCUC